AUGAAGGCCACUCUCCUUGUCUCUCUUCUUCUCUCCCUUGGAGUCUCAGCUACUCCAGCAGUUGACACUACCACCAUCGAAGACGGUGGCUACACCUAUACUGGUAUCGACAAGGAAAGUGCCAGUGUGCAGGAGAUUAUGGCUGCUGGUCCUGUGGCGGUGGGCGUAUGCAAUGCCAGCCUGGACCUGGCUCUGGACAGUGUUGGACCUAAGCGGCUUCGGCCUUUGUUCAUGUCGUCAGGUGUAGUGGAUCGGAAUCCCACGUGCUCAUUCGGUAUUUUGACGGAGAUAUGA